CAUUCAUUCAGUGUCAGCCAUUCGGGUUGCAUUUAUCUGGCCAACAGAAAAACUCGUUAUGAGCAUGCGCUGGAUCGGGCUAGCAGUUUCAAUCGAUAUUUUCGUUUCAAAAUAUGGAGUAGGCAGGUUUCGUAUGGUUUUAUUUCUACGGAUAAAAUAAUUAAAACGUGUACCUAACACAUUUCGAUCGAGCAAUAUUCUACCGGUUGGCGAUAUAGUGCCUGAGGGAAGUGAAGUGAUAAGUUGAAAUUGAUCUAGAACUGUACGAUGGAAUAAGAAUAACUUAGUCGGAUAGUAUACCGCACAGGAACAAAACAUCGAAGAGAACACAUAACACACUAGUUUGCAUUUUGGGUUUUCGUACGUCCAAAUGAGACUUCGUGAAUACGAUGUCCGACGAUUCAGAAGAAGCGUGCUUGGUUAGACCCAGAUCACCAUCGCUGUCAGGUGCUCCUGCCGGAACCAUGCAGUAUACACACGGACUUACGGGUUCACAGCUGCAAACCCAUAACAAUAACAACAACAGCAAUCACCAUUCCACCCAUAGUCAAGGGUCCCACUCAACGGCACGUGGCUCCCAGUCGGAGUCAGGUGAACUGAUUGACUACAGUGACGAUGUUAUUCUAAGCCAAUUCCACGCGGAUGCUAUUAAACAAGCGGGUUUCGGGAAAUUUCAAUUGAUUGCUUCCAUCAUAACCGGACUGGGUCUAGCAGGUCAUGCCAUCCAAGUGUACGCCGUUUUUUAUAUUAUUCCCUCAGCAGAGGUAGAAUACUGUAUUCUUGACACCGAGAAAAACUGGCUAGGCUCCAUAACACUAUUAGGAAUGGCUCUAGGAGCAUUGCUAUGGGGAGGGCUUGCAGGCCGGGCAGGUCGGAGAAAGUCUCUCCUGAGCUGCCUUGCGGUCUGUGGCGUAUUCUCAGUAAUAGCGGCUUUUAUGCCAACCUACGGCCCAUUCAUGAUGGCCAGGUUUUGCGCUGCAGCAGGAAUUGGUGGAGCGUUACCGACAGCAUCAGUAUACCUAUGCGAGUUGGCUCCAGUCAAUUUCAGAGCACGAAUCCUUGGUCUCUUGGGAGCGUUCGGUGUCGCGGGAGGAUUGGUUGCUGGGGCGAUUGCUACUAGCACUGUUCCAGCAACUGGACAAAAGGUUGUGCUGGAAAAUAAGGAACACUUUAGUGCUUGGCAUCGUUAUUUACUGCUCAGUACACUGCCAACAUUUGCGUCAAUUCUUGGGCUCUUUUGGUUACCUGAAUCACCACGAUACUUGUUGGAAAAUUCACGAGAAGUAGAGGCAUUGACAAUUUAUCAGAAAAUAUAUCAAAACAAUCGAACCCGUGGAGGCUACUCCCUAACCGAACUUGAGCUACCCGGCACAAGAACUCAUCGCAAUCUACCCACAUCAGUAUUACAGGAAAUGGCCACGAGCGUUGCUUUGUUCUUUGGCAGCUUCUUUCAGUUGUUCAAUGUAGUCAACUUAAAAAGAACGUUGCUCCUUUUUGCUGCUUGGAUGGCGACAAUCUUCAUAUAUCACGGCUUGACAAUUUACAUAGCAGAAUAUUCAAAAAGCACGGAAUCGGAAAACUACUAUCGAAAUACGAUCAAUAAAGAUAAUAUGUCCUUCGAGAAUGCAGAUUUUAACAAAUCUAUUGAAAAUAUAAUUUACACGAAUUGCCGCUUCGUAAACUGCACUUUCAGAAGAAUGUUCAUUAGCCACGUGACUUUUAAUAAUUGUACCUUCUUAGACACUGAAUUCACCAACGUGAAAACUAGUAGAACGCAGUUUAAGUUUAGCACGCUGGAAAACGUUGGGCUUAUCGAUACGGACCUGACCGAACGCCAUUUCGUGGAAUGUGUGAUGAACAAUAUUACCACGUUACGGUUAUAUUCAACAUGUGAUAGAGAUUUUGAAUACAACAUCUACUUAGACGCUUUGUGGAAAUCUCACUUUGGCGCACUGCUACCUGGAAUGGUGUUCAUGAUACUGGUUGGGGAAGGAUCUCAUCGGUUUGGUCGUAGCAGAACAGCAACGCUCUGCUUUGGGUUUGCAAUUAGUUUGACGAUAACGUUUGCGUUCCUGUAUCAUGAUCUCCAGGUAGUUUGGACAGCUGGUUCUGCCCAAGGACUUAUGCUGGCGGGGAUAGCAGCUCUGACGUUGUUGGCAAUUGAAAGCUAUACUACCAAUCUAAGAUGCACCGCGGUAGGAUUUUUCGUCUGCGGAGGACACAUCGGGGCCCUGAUGGGGGCCCCACUAUACGCAGCGUUUCCAGUGACAUCCUCGAAGGUCGCAGCAAUAAUUUCGACUAUCUUUCUGAGUGUUCCCAUUUCUUCGGCCAUUAUACUUAAGGACCCAUGCCUGCUUCUAUGAGUGAAACAUCAAACCUUUUCCAUGCAACACCACGAUCUUCAGAGGGCUAUUAAUGUUAGGCUAAAUGCAUAUAGCGAAAGCUUGUGCUUCAUAUGAAGCGCAUUGAGCAUGAUAGGAUGUUGAGAAUGGUUUUUGUUGUUGUGAUCUGAAUUGUGAUAUUUCCACAGUUAAUCAAUAUUUUUAUAUAUUGAAGUUGUUAUUUUAUUUAUUUUUGUUAUAAGUUUUUUUUGCAGUUGAUAAUCAGAGCGAUUGAACAUUUUAUAUCUUUUAAUGGAUUUGACUUCUUUUUGCAUAUAUUGUAGAUGCUUUAUGUAAAACUCUCUUGGUGACUAGUUCUAUAAGAGUAUAAAUCAAAUGAUAGAUAAAGAUUAUGAUAGAGAUGGAAAUAUAGAAUCCCAAGUGAAUGAAAGUGAUGCUUGAUAGUUAAUCAGUCGGUAAUUAAACCUCAUACAUGCUUUGCAGCAAAUCACAAUAAUAGUUUUGUGUUUGAUUUUGUUCAUUUUGUUUCAACGUCAACUAUUCAGCUUUUAUAUAUGGUUUGGAAACAGCUUCAUCAACUACUUUCGAAAAUUGUGUUCUAGCUCUAUCUAGCACUAGGGUGGAUGUCUUUUAUUACCGAUGCCCAGAAAAAGCGGUGAAAUUCUUGUAAGUUGAUCGUAGUGCCAUCAUUGAAAAAAAAAAGAUUCCUGUCAAAUUUUCAUCUAUUUGUUUAUUUGUUAAUUAAACGUUGCCAAAACGUCUGAAAAUUUUCAGAAUAAUAAAAAUUAGGUUGUGUCAAUCGUGUGUGUCAAGUCAAAUUUUGAGCCCUAUCGCUUGAAAACUUUCACAGCUGUAACCACAAACUCAUUGAGGUUUGUGCUAUAACCUUGGCUAUAACAACUCAAUUUUCACAAUACAAAAACUAUUUUUGCUUAUUAUGACUUGCUGCUACAAAUGGGUCUUUCAGUUGGCUAUGCAUCGCCAAUCCGGAGACGUCGGGUUCGAUUUCCGUUGCAGUCGGGAAAAUUUUCUCGACUCCCUGGGCAUAGUGUAUCAUUCUGCUUGCCUCACAAUAUACAAAUUCAUGCAAUGGCAGGCAAAGAAAGUAAUGAAUGUAGAAGAGCUUAAAGAAAAAGUUGAAGCGGGCUAGGCCAAGUCCCAGUGGAGACGUAGAGCCAUAAAGAAGAAAAAGAUACAAAUUUUCAAAUCUAUACAUAUAAAAUGAAAUGGUGUUGUAUGUCACGAAUAGGGUCAGGAACGGGCCAACGGAUCGACACUGUACACUGUUUUUAUCGUGCAGGGCUCCGACGUGUUCUUACUAAAUAAUAAUUGGAAAAAUCGAUCGGGAACGCAUAAAAAAACAAGGAAGUUUGAAAUUCCAUUUUGCGGGGCAUUUUUCUACAGAGCUGCAUGUUAAUACACACAAUAGGCGGGAAUAACGAUGUUUUCCGGGACAGCUAGUUUUCAAUAAUAUUUAUUAGAAUUUUCCACUUUAUGCCACGUGACAUGUACGUGAAGUAACAAAACAAUGUUUAUUGAAAUCGGUUUGGUAUAAUUUUGCACAAAAGAUUUCAAAAUGAUUAGGUUUCUAAAAUGAACUGCCCUACAUAUAUGUUAGAUUUAUUUUUCAGGGGAAUCAAUUUUUAAUUUAUACGCCUACGUAGUCAUGCGCUUGGUAUAUAAAAAAAAACGAUUAUUUGCCGUUUUAACACGGAGUUAGUAUCUUAUUUAGGGUACUAGACUGCGUAGUCGUUUGAAUCUAUUGUUGGUUUUUUUUCAAAUGAUUUCUGUUGAUUACAGUUAGGGGCCACCAAUUUUCAACCAUCUCACAUCCCCUUGCUUCAAAAUAUCUUACCAAAGUUGCAUCAAUUUAUGAAGUGCAUCAUUAGGGCAGUUCAGAUUUUAAAUCAUCUCCGAAAUGGCUGAAAAUUUGACAUGACUCUAGUUUUGCACCAAGGAUUGUUAUAAAGAUAUGGGAGCUUUGAGUUUUUAAUAUGUUUGAAAUCUGAAGUGCAUCAUAAAUUCCAAAAUUUAAACUGCUAGCUCGAUAACUCAAUAUAAUUAUUUUACUCUAUGCAUGUAGUUUAAAUGGUUCUAGUGCUUUUUAUCUGUUUGCUUCUGUAAAUCCAAAGAACUUUGAGCUUAGUAACAAAUAAUUUCUUUACAAUUUGUAUAUUUAAAUUUAAAAAAAAAAGUUUUGAAUUUCAAACACUUCCUAUAAUUCUCAAGCAUCGCUUAAAUUUCACCAGUUUGAAAUAGUUAUUUCAUGAUGCACUCCAUGAAAAGUUACAGCUGGUUGAGUAUUGAUUUUGAAAUGAUUCGUCUUACUCCGAUUAUUUCACCCAUCGCCUCGAUAAAAUUAAGAAGCAGGACUUGCUCAAUAAAAAAAAAACAGAAUUUUCAUUAAGGACGAUUUCAGUCAAAAGUUACGCAGUUUUGGAUUUUUGUAAUUUGGUGCUUCAUCAUUCCUAAUGCCGUUGAAAAUUAAUAACUCUACACUUCAAUGCAUAUCGUUAUAUUUUCGAAGCCUGUCACUGUAAAUAGCACUCUCUUUAAAAUAAAAUGACUAAUUUACAUGUUCAUGUGAGUGCACGAGCUGUGCAUUUAGUUCACCACUGGACUGCGCACUCAGACUUCAUAAGUGCAAAAACGUUAAUUAAAGUGCGCGAUUGCAUCAAAUCCAGUUGAUGUCUUCGGCGCACAAUUUUAUUCAUUUAUGCUGAAUAAGUGCUCUGAACACACCGAGUUGAUUUGUUGCAAUCGCGCACUUUUGUUUACGUUUUCGUACUCCUGAAAGCUCGUGCGAUAGUCUAGUGGUGAACUAAAUGCGCUAUAAAUUUGCUGUAUUAUUUUUUUUACAAAUUGUUAGGAAGCAUUAAUUUCCUGUUAAACUGGCAAUCUAUCCAUUACAAUUCUCUCGAGAGCAGAUGUUACAUUGAUCAUAGAUAUAUCCUGUUAUAUUUCAAUUGUUAUAUACACAUUCUAGCAUUGAAUUUAUCUAGCACUUUAUAUUUUUCCCUACCAUACAUAGGCUGCUCAAUCAGACAGGGAUAAAGUUCAUUACUAAGAAUAGCCAUUAAUUCCAAAACAUAUGCAUGUCAUUUUCAUACAUAUCUUCUGCGAAUAAGUUAGGCAUGAACUAGUUCAUAAAGUAAUAUUACAGAUUAGAUCAAUCAAAUAUUUCUCCCAAAUUGUACACCAACUAUAAGAUUUGAUUACUGAGAUCAUGUGUAAUCAUUAUUAUGUUUGGUUGUUUGGAGAAUAGGUUUUGAAUUGAACUAAUCGUACAGACGCUGUAAAAUAAAAUAAAAUAAAACACACUAAAGUUCCCUCCCGCUGUGGUUAGUAAGAAGCACUAAAAUCAACAAUAAGAAAUGAAAUGAUAUAUACUGCACUAUAAUGAUUUACUUUUUUAAUCACCUUGAAGCGAAACCCAUCCCAUAAAAGUAAUUUAUAAUGCAGUGUAGUUAAAAAUGGAACGCAGUAUUGAUGCAAGAAACACAAUGUGCAAUGUUUUAAACUUCCUAAACAGAACAUUCGCUGAAUUAUUUUAGCGAAUCAUGAAAAAAAAAUCAUUCAAAUCAAAGGAAUAGCCUGAAGAAAUACCAUUUCACUUCAAUUGAUGAAAAUAUGUAGCUUCAAGUUAAUAGAACUACACAACAAUUGUGAAUAUUUUGCUUAAGCAGAAACCCUUAAUGACUGAAAUCAAUAUUCAAACCCGCAAUGCGCUAUAGAAAAAUUAACACGAAGGAAAACAGUAGUGAUGAUUGACACAUUAAAGAAAAUGCUAGAGUUAUCAUGACAUGUAAAUGCAUUGUUUAGAAUAAGCUAGUGUUAGUCAGUAUUAACUAAGAAGCUUUAUAACGUAAAACAGGAAUGUUGUUUAAUAAAGUUGAUCUAAUACUACAAAUUUCAUGAAUUGAA